GACGAUUUCGAAAUAAUAAAUAACAGGCAAUAUCCCAUGAGUACAAAGUAAUCCGUGUACAUCUUUAUUUCGAAGGAAAUAUAAAUUACGUUAUCGGCGUCCCGAGUUUAUAAAUUGACCAGAAAUGGCGGACGAACAGGGAAAGAAGUGUUUCUGUAUCAUAGCGGUAGCUGUUGGAAUACCCGCAUUGUUAAUAGUGAUCCUCAUACCAAUCAGCUUUUCAACAUUGGAAUAUUACGAGAUGGGAUUUGAACGACAGAAAUCAUCUGGAACCGUGGAUAAAUCGGAGGUGUACACCAACGGAAAAUUCUUCGUUGGUCCAGAUGUAGAAUUCAAGGUUUUCAGUUCAGAUGCACAUUUUGUCACCUUAAAGGACAUUGCCAUCUUCACGGCUGACAAGCUAGAGGUGAAAAUGACAGCAAAUUUACAGUACUUCCUCCGUAAAGACGAACUCGUGCUUCUUCACGACGCUUAUGAUACAGACUACCGAGACAUUAUAAAGAACAGUGCUCUGGACGCCGUGAAGGGCGCAACCACAGGGUAUAACACGAGAGAAUUGAUCACAAACAGAAAAGUGAUGGAGGAAACAGUAUAUAAGGCAGUACGUGACAGAUUAGGGGGCACCUGCUGUAGGCCCGACUGUUCUUCCUUUAGAUACGCAUGUCCUACUGGCUGUAAGCCGACAUCAACAUGUACUUCUGCUGAUAAAGGAUAUUACGUAGACGUCAAGUACUUCCAGCUAGGAACGAUAACUAUCCCCAGCGACGUCCAGAGCCAGUAUAUGAAAGCUUUAACGCUACAAGAGGAAGCCGACAGAGAAAAACUCCUUCAAGACGCACAAGUUGUCAGAAAGAACACUACAGCAAUGGUACAGGUAAUCAAGAACGAGGCUGCGGAAAUUCGAGAGAACGGAACAGCCAUUGCCAAUCUCAUAACAGUGACGUCACAAGCUAAUUAUACAGCCACCCUGGAAACGGCUCGUGCUGACGGACUGAAGGGGGUAUUCACUUCUUUAGGGUUCAGUCAACAACAGUAUAAGAGCAGCUUUGACUACCUAAAAACGCUCCGUGGAAUGGACAAGGCGCAUCUUACAGUUGACUUCCAGCAAAGAAUUGUGGGGAAUUUAUAGCAUUUGUAAAUGGAUUGUCUAUUUUUUUGUUAAAUACAAGUAUUUAUAUUUAUUAUGUUAAAUCUUAUUCAUUUCUUUUUGAGCAGAUUACUUCAAACUCUAAAAACACACCAAAAUUAAAUAGUAAUUUUUUUUCUAGUAAAAUUGUAAAAAUUGAAAUAUUUGACCAAAAAACUUGGGGUAAGCUUCUUAAAUUAAU